AUGUACCGUUUCUUGGUGAGAAAAUACUCGAGUGAAGGUUCGAAGAACUUGUUUCAACUGUUCCCUAAAACUUUUGUCCAUGGCAAACCGCAGUGGGAAGUUGAUUUGAAGAAGCUUAGAAAGGAAUAUCGUCAGUUACAAUCUGAGUACCAUCCUGACGUUUUGACAAGUACUGUAAAUGACAUGUCUUCUCAGUUGAACAAGGCUUAUAAGACCCUUAGUAAGCCUUUAACUCGUUCUCAGUAUAUUUUGAGUCUCCACGGGAUCGAUUUGAGUCAGGAUGGGGAGGCACAAAAGGUGAUGUCCAAGGAUCCGCAAUUGUUGAUGCAGGUACUAGAUGUACAUGAACAAUUAGAGGAUAUUAGUGGUGAAAGCGACUUGAAGGUUAUUGAACAAGCAAACAAGCAAAGAUUGAAAGACUGUGAGGAAAGACUAAAGAAGGCACAUGAAUCUCAAGACUGGGAAGCUGCGGCCACUCUUACAGUCGAGUUAAGAUAUUGGAGUAACCUUGACAAUGCCAUCAAGGAGUGGGAACCUGGCAAACCAAUUCUAUUGACUCAUUAA